CUCUGUCACACACGGCUUCCUGUUGGGGCUUCCUUGGCCUCAACCUUCACUCGGGCCAUUUCCUUCCCUGACAGAGGAACCCGAACCCGGGCUCCUGCCCUGGCCGGUGCAGACAUGGUGCCCCUGCUGCUGCUGCCCCUGCUGUGGGGGGGGUCCCCGCAGGAGGAUCCACGGUUCGAGCUCCGAGUGCCGGAAUCGGUGACGGUGCAGGAGGGUCUGUGUGUCCACGUGCCCUGCUCCUUCUCCUACCCCUGGAGCUCGUGGUCUUCCCCUAAGAAGCUCUACAUAUACUGGUUCCGGAAAGGGGACAACGAUUAUCUUGUGGCUACAAAUGACCAAACGAAAACGGGGAAGAUGGGGACCCAGGGCCGAUUCUACCUCGUCGGGAACCCCAGGCACAACAACUGCUCCCUGAGAAUCAGAGAGGCCAGGAAGAGUGACGAGGGAGUCUACAAUGUCCGAGUGGAGGCAGACCACAUAGCAUACAGUUACAGAGCUAAGAAGCUGACCGUGAAGGUGGCAGCCCUGACACAGAAACCCGACAUCCACUUUCCGGAGCCCCUGAAGUCUGGCUAUCCCACAAACCUGACCUGCAGUAUGCUGGGAUCCUGCGAGGAGGGAAGACCUCUCACCUUCUCCUGGGUGGGGCGGGCUCUUGACUCUCUGGACCCCCAGACCCUCCACUCCUCAGUGCUGACCCUCACCCCGAGGCUGCAGGACCAUGGCAGCAACCUCACCUGUCAGGUGCACCUGCCAGGAGGUCAGGACACCGUGGAAAGAACCAUCAGGCUCAAUGUCUCCUACGCUCCACAGUUGAUGACCACCCGCAUUUUGCAGGGAAACUACACAGUCCUGAAGACGCUGAGCAACCACACGUCGCUGCCUGUCUUGGAGGGCCAGUUCCUGCGCCUGGUCUGCGUCGCUGAGAGCAACCCGCCCGCCAUGCUGAGCUGGUCCCGGGAGGGAAAAGCCCUGAGCUCCCCCCAGCCCUCAGCACCUGGGGUCCUGGAGUUGCCCCAUGUAGGGGUUGAGGAUGAAGGGGAGUUCACCUGCCAGGCUCAGCACCCACUGGGCUCCCAGCACGUUUCCUUCAGCCUCUCUGUGCAGAGAACCCCCUCUUCCUGCAACUGUGUGACUGAGAAGCAGGAGGGCUCCUGGCCGCUGGUCCUCACCCUGAUCAGAGGGGCCCUCAUGGGGGCUGGCUUCCUCCUCACCUAUGGCCUCACCUGGAUCUACUACAGCAGAGGAACCCGAACCCGGGCUCCUGCCCUGGCCGGUGCAGACAUGGUGCCCCUGCUGCUGCUGCCCCUGCUGUGGGGGGGGUCCCCGCAGGAGGAUCCACGGUUCGAGCUCCGAGUGCCGGAAUCGGUGACGGUGCAGGAGGGUCUGUGUGUCCACGUGCCCUGCUCCUUCUCCUACCCCUGGAGCUCGUGGUCUUCCCCUAAGAAGCUCUACAUAUACUGGUUCCGGAAAGGGGACAACAAUUAUCUUGUGGCUACAAAUGACCAAACGGAAACGGGGAAGAUGGGGACCCAGGGCCGAUUCUACCUCGUCGGGAACCCCAGGCACAACUGCUCCCUGAGAAUCAGAGAGGCCAGGAAGAGUGACGAGGGAGUCUACAAUGUCCGAGUGGAGGCAGACCACAUUGCAUACAGUUACAGAGCUAAGAAGCUGACCGUGAAGGUGGCAGCCCUGACACAGAAACCCGACAUCCACUUUCCGGAGCCCCUGAAGUCUGGCUAUCCCACAAACCUGACCUGCAGUAUGCUGGGAUCCUGCGAGGAGGGAAGACCUCUCACCUUCUCCUGGGUGGGGCGGGCUCUUGACUCUCUGGACCCCCAGACCCUCCACUCCUCAGUGCUGACCCUCACCCCGAGGCUGCAGGACCAUGGCAGCAACCUCACCUGUCAGGUGCACCUGCCAGGAGGUCAGGACACCGUGGAAAGAACCAUCAGGCUCAAUGUCUCCUACGCUCCCCAGAAACUCAACAUCAGCAUCUUCUUCAGCGAUGUUGCAGUCCCGAAGAUUCUGGAAAACACCUCAUCGGUUCUCAUCCUGGAGGGCCAGGCUCUGGGGCUGCUCUGUGCUGCUGACAGCAGCCCCCCUGCAGAGCUGAGCUGGUUCCGGGGAUCUCCCGCCCGGAAUGCCACCCCCAUCUACAGGAGUGCAAACCUGGACCUGCCUCAAGUAGGGGCUGCAGAGGAAGGAGACCUCCUCACCUGCCAAGCUCAGAACCCGCUGGGCUCCCAGCACGUCUCCCUGCGUCUCUCUGUGGUCUAUCCCCCGCGGCUGCUCAGCCCCUCCUGCUCCUGGGAGGGCGAGGGGCUGCACUGCAGCUGUUCCUCCCGAGCCCAGCCGGCCCCCACCCUGCGCUGGCGGCUGGGGGAGGGGCUGCUGGAGGGGAACCACAGCAACGCCUCCUGGACCAUCACCUCCAGCUCUGCGGGGCCCUGGGCCAACAGCUCCCUGAGCCUCAGCGGGCCGCUGGGCUCCGGCCUCAGACUCAGCUGCGAGGCCCGGAACGCCCACGGGUCCCAGAGCGCCGCCUUCCUGCUGCUGCCAGGGAGAUCAGUGUUCCUGGCAGGAGCCGUGCCUGCUGCUCUUGGAGGUGCUGGUGCUAUGGCCCUGCUGUCCCUAAGUCUGUGCCUCCUCUUCUUCUGCUUAGUGAAAGCCCGCAGGAAGCAAGCAUCCGGGAGUCGAGAGGGCCUGGAUGAUGAAGAUCCUGUCAUGGGUACAGUUGCCUGGGGUUCCAGGCAAAAGCCCUGGCCAGACAGCCCCCGAGCCCAAGCGACCCCUGCCAGGGAUGCCUCUCCCUCAGGGGACAAACAGGAGCUCCAUUAUGCCUCCUUCAGCUUUCACGGGAUGAAGUCGAGGGAACCUGAGGAUGAGGAAGCCACCGACACCGGCGAGUACUCAGAGAUCAAGACAAGCAAAUGAGGAUGGCUUAGAGCUCGGUGCCGGCCCGAGGAAUCGCGGCCCCUGGGGGAGAGGAGAAGUCAGGCACUAAUUGGUGAAGCAUGUGGAGCCCUGUGGCAAUACGAACAGGAAGGACUUGCCGAGUGUCCCCAGGUGGAGCGGACUUGGGCUCCAACGCAGGCUGUCAAGCAAGUCACUUCAUCCCUCUGUGCCUCAGCUUCCCGUUCUGUAAUCAGAGAUCAUGCAUCCGGUCUCAGAGGUGGCUGUGGACAUUAAAGAAAUUAACAUGCAGAAAUCAACCAACAAA